AUCUUCUCUAGCACAAGCAUCUAAAGUAGAGGGCAUCGCAUAAAAAAGGCUAGCAGCACCAUCUUCGUGAAACUAGUAGACGGCUGUAGAAAGUAGUAGAUCUAAAUAUUUGAAGCUGGCUAUAGACUUUUUCUCCUCCUCUUCCUUGACCAGAAAGAGAUCAUCCAAAAAUUGUCCCCCGCACUCUUUGUAUUUGUUGAUUGAGCAGCAGAAGCACCUGCAACGUAGUUGUUCCUGACAAGCGAAAAUGCUCACACGACAAACGAGGAGCUAACUACAUUGGCCACUUGAUCAGCAGAUGGAGAUGCCCGAGAAAAUAGAAGAACUACCGACGAGCGCAAGAGCCGGCACCGCGUACCAGGACGAGAACUUCUACGGAACCGAGCUGUUACAGGAGUGUCCACUUCUACGCCGGUACCUCUCCGAGCGCGGCAUUCCCCACCUGCGAGAUUUCCAGGUCGAAGCGCUGAAGCAGUUUCGUCGUGGUGGUGACAGUUUAGUAGUGGUCGCGACGGGUCUGGGCAAGUCUCUCUGCUACCAGCUGGCGCCGCUCGUUUGGAAAGGCACUGGUGGUGUGCGGCGAGGACACCAGAAAGCAGCGCUAAAUGAUGUCCACAAGGACCAGCAGCACUCUCCGCAGUGUACUUCUUCAGAACUAUUGCAAGACACGAAAUGCGCGAAAAUUUGUUUCGUGGUGUCUCCCCUGAUUUCGCUCAUGCAAGAUCAGGUACGUAACCUGAAUAGCUCCCUUUACAGCAGUGACGAGGAAGUAGUACUAGCGGACAAACCCGGAGAACGAGAGACGAGAGGCGUCAAGGACCAAGAGGCAGCACAAAAAGACGAAGCAGCAGAGAACAAGGAGUCCCGUGGCCGACUGACCCGAGAAAUUGAGCUGCGUGCCUGCUACCUGGGCUCGGCGCAGCGGGAUAAGCAGAUCUUUGAUAAGGUUGUCGAUGGGCAGUUUGACCUUGUGUAUGCGAGCCCGGAAUGGAUCCUCAACAAUGAAUCCCGUCUUGCACAGCUGGCGCCGCGAAUUUGCCUUUUUGCCGUUGAUGAGGCUCACUGCGUCGCAGAGUGGGGCCACGAUUUUCGGCCGGAGUAUCAAAAGCUUGGCGCGGUUUUCCGGGGCGAACGCGGUAGUUACAAGGAGCAGAUACGUGGCGGGGUUGUAAAUGCCGGCUCAACAACAUCUCACACACUGCCAAACCAGCGCGAGUCUCUGCGCAACAUUCCAAUCAUGUGUCUGUCAGCCACCUGCCCAGCCUCCGUCCAGGAUACGAUAUACCAGAAGAUGCAGCUGCAGGCAACCUGCUGCCUUAUCAAAGGCCGGCAAAAUCGACCUAAUCUGCACUACAGGGUUCUGUUUUGCGAAAACGAGAUUGAUGCGCAGGGGCAACUUUUGUCCAUGCUACUGGGGCACGAUCGACGGGGUGACAACUCUGACUGCAUCAGGAACGACACGACGAGCACGACAAGUAGAAAUGCCUCUGCCGGGGGCGCUGGUGCUUUCGCAGGCGCUUCCGUGGCAAACGCUUCGGCUAGGACAGUCGUGAAGGUGAAGAUGCCGUCGACUAUUAUUUACCUGAACACCAAGGCAGAGGCGGACAUGCUUACGGGUACGUUAGCGAAAACUGUCCCCACUACCCCGGUUUUCCCCAAAGAAAAAAAAUUUUCAUGCAUUGCCGCAACUCCACGAUAACCGGCCCCGCAACCUUCCCGGACGGCAUCCACCAGCGGCUCUCCUAGACGGAUAAUUCCUGAGGUUAAUAUGCAAGAUAAGAAGUUAGUUAGCUAGUGGCGCACAAAAACUAAGUCGUUACUUUUUGAGAUAUUAGAUCGUGUGUAUCUUUUUUAGCUAUCUAGGCCUUUUCCGCGGCUGGAAUACGGCGACGAAGCUCCGCUGCAUUGCCUGGACUUGCUGGUGCAUCAAGGACACGUAACUGGAGAAGGUCCUGCUGUGCUGUUACCUCGUCUACGCGGUAACAGUUCUACGAAGGGGUUCAACGGGAUCGGCCGCGAGGAACAUCUUCGUGUUGCUCUGCCCCAGGAGAUGGGCCCGGAAUCCGGAGCGCGGAGGCCUUUCUUAAUUGGCAUACAUAUAUAUAGAAGGACUGCAAAUCUAGUUAUUGUGCGCCACUAGCUAAAAACUAAUUUCUUUCAUUCCAUAAAGGGAUGCACACCGGGAGGAUCGGGUUGCUCGUCUCGGCUGUUCGCGGAGGAGGUCGGCUACGAAGGGCUCAUCCUGGUCGAACUUGGAUCGAAGAAAAAAAAAAAGUUACUUGGGGAAAACCGGGGUAGUGGGGACAGUUUUCGCUAACGUAACGGGGUUUUUGAGCAAAAACAUUUCGUGCGCACAACAAGGAGGGCGAGUUCUGGAGGUCGGUUCAUCUACUGCAAGCGCGUGCUUGGUAGCGGGAGUGUCGACGCCACUCUAUCAGAUGCAAAAAAAUGCACCGGCGCAGCGUGACGUAGGACGCCCUCGCAGUGAUGUGGUCACUGUAGUGCCUUGUUCGGGGGGGACCACCACCACAACAACAUCCACAAACGACGAAGACGCGAGCUGCACAAACAUGCUCUAUCCCAUAGUCGAGGCGUACCACGGGGGUCGGUCGGCGGAAGAGCGAGCGCGUGUGUAUGAAAAUUUUCAGGCGGGGAGUACCGCGAUUGUGUGCUGCACCGUGGCGUUCGGCAUGGGUAUCAACAAAAAGGACGUGCGCCGGGUGAUUCAUUUUGGCGCCCCGAAGAGUCUCUUCCACUACAUCCAGCAAACAGGGCGGGCUGGACGCGACGGGCUAGUCGCUCACUGCACCGCGCUGAUCACCAAAUCUGACGAAGCCAAGUCUUUCCGGCGGGUGCAAACAGCACGCGAGCAGGAGGCGCACAAGAAGGUGUGGAACUUUCUCUACAGUCGGCACUGUCGGCGGGGCCAGAUUCUCGACGAGCUCGAGGAGAGCGACUCUUGGAGGAAUGAGCCGGCGCGGGGGGCGUGCUUUGCACUCGAUCCGGCCGGGCGUGCCGUUCCCUGGCUCUCGCCCCAGCGCUACCGGACGUUCUGUGGCUUCUGCGAUUGUUGCGACCAAAAUUCGCCGUUUCCGAACGAACCUGGCAAGCUACGGCGUCUCCUGCGAGAAGUGGGCGAUGAAGGAACAUCUUGUUCACCAAGAAGCGCAGAAGAGAUGUUGGCCUCGGGCGGCGGGCACCGGAUCCGCAGCAACAAACGCCGUCGUGUCUCCGACCAGUCCCAGUCGAUAAUUAGUCUUUCAUAUUCCUAUUCGGCGGGCGGCGAAAAUGACUCCGUAGUGGACAAAUUGUACGCGCUGCGAGCCUGCAGCCACGAUGCGGUUGGCGCACAAGAUAUGACUGUCAAGCCGGCGGCGCAGUUCAGCGAAGACGUGCCGUCGAUCUCCAUUGCUGGUCUGACGAAAAACGCUCAGGACACAGCAUCAGGAUCAGCAUCGAAAGGCGGACGAGGCGGCAAUCGUUUUCACUUUUCCGCCACCAAAGGCAAAGGUACUACCGGGUUAGAAAAGCAGGUGAGCAGUACUCGCUUUGUCGCGACGACCCGAGGCGCCGGCGGAAAUUUCCGCAAAAAUUUGGCCUCUUUCAACAACGCAGUUGAUUUCACCGCGGAUGCCGGAGUUUUCUUGCGUGCGUUGGUAGCGUGCCACGGCCAGACAGGGUUGAAUCUUGCUAUCAGUGUGUUGGUUGGUAAGAGCAACCAGCAAGUGAAGAAGCGUGGCCUAGAUAAGGGUGCGGAAUUCGGGACUGGCGUGCACCGCUCCGAGGCCUUCUGGAAAGCGUUUGGACGCGUCGUUGAGCAGGCGAACCUUGCGGAGCAAGUGGCCAGAGAAAUGUCCACCGGAAUCCGUUACUUUGCUUGGCGGGCAACCGAUUCAGGGAAGAAGUUCCUGCUACCACGGACUACCGAAACCGAAAAGAAGAAUCACCAAAGCGGAAUAAAGACGAUAGUGCUAUCUUCCGAAUCUUCAUCUGCCGACCGUCGUGAUCUCUGCAAAAGCACAACUCCCGGCCUCGUCGCAGCGCGGGAGGCUGAAGCUGCAAUGCCUUCGCUUUUUGUCGACUUGCCGCUUCCGAAAGAUCUUGCGGAUGCCCUCGCGCUCGCAGACGCGAGACAUGUUGCGAACGCGGCGGUGCACGGCCGCAGAGCUGCCAUGACUACAGGAGGCGUCACGGCGGUCCUCGGCUGUUGUACUGCUUCUAGAACAAGUGCCAGCACAUUGUCCAGCAGAAACACGCAAGGCGGUCACGAGCGCAAGGCCGCGGCAGCGACUGGAACGCAGGCGGAUGAGUUAUUCGACCACUUAAAGCAACUAAGACUGGUGUACAGCCGCGGCAAAGCACUACCUGACUACAUCAAGCAAGGUCCUUUUCUGCGUAACUUGGCCAACGUACGACCUUCCUCGGUGGCGAAGUGCAUGACCAUCACAGGAUACGACGGAGGUGUGUUGCCAUCAGUACUGGAAAAGUUCGUUAAGCUGGUCGUCGAUUACUGCCGACGACACAACCUGCCCACAGACGACUUCGCUGCUGAUGGCGCACCAGCUCCUUGUGUGGAUGAAGAAGUGAAGAUGAACGUUGCAGAUGAAGCAGGAAUUAGUACUAUUGCAAAGAGUACUAGUAGCUACCUUAUUCUUGCUGCUCCUGCUCCUUUGAGCCGUGUAGCUGAAGACCACCACGAAGGGGCGUGCAAACAAGAAGACCCGAUGAACCACAACAAGGAGAACAAGAAGUGUGCCUCGAGUAGGGGGAUUGGUGCUGACGCGGCUACGUCCGUUUCGUCCACUAUUGCUCCUCGAAGGGACGAAAGGGAGAAGGAGAACUUCGCAAGCCUCCCACUACCUGCAACGUCGUUCACGUCACGACGAGGAAUGUCGUCGUAUGUUCCUGGUGCUUACCCUGGUUCUACUACUAGCGCGCACAACCUCAGAGGUGGCGCCUUCAGGCUACCGUCUCUUUUCGGGUGCGCACAAGAGCAAGAACAACCUGCAGGAGAGCCAGAGGCGCGGCGACUUUGUGUGGAUGGGGGGGCGCCUGGGGCAGCCACUCACGGUGUUGAAGUGGAAACACAUGGACAUGGAGGUGGCUCGCUGCUUCAUUAUAUUGCUUUGCCACCGCAAUUGAAAAAGCCUAAACUCGGCGUGAAGGAUCGUCGAUGA